UGACCGAAGUCAGUUCUUCCUUUUACUGAUCCAAGUGUUAUUUGAGGCUUUUUGAGUGCUGCUGUAGGUAACAAAAACAAAACUUGAAAAUCGUUCAAUGCUCACUGAGAUUAUUUGGCUCACGGUAAACGAACUUCUGUGGACCUCAAUGGCUACCAAUUCCAGCAACACUUCUCAGGUGCGCCCGUGGCCGCUUCCAUCUUCUACCUGUAUCCCAUGGCUUGUUUUGCACAGCACUGAAUGUCUGGCCAUAGUCAUCCUUAACCUCAUCACCAUUACUGUAUUUGUAAAGCAGCGGCAGUUACAACGCCGAAGUACAUACUUGAUCAUCCAUCUGGUCAUAGUUGAUUUGUUAGUAGGGGCAGUAUCAGGGCCGAUGCAGAUUCAUUUAAAAAUGAUUUGGUGCUAUGGAGAGCUAGAGGGUUAUGAUAUAACUUAUUUAGGAAUAAACUUAGCAAUACGUCCUUUUUUCCCCUUUGCAUCUCUUGUUAAUCUCACUUUCAUUUCGUUGGAAAGAGCACACGCAACAUAUCGCCCUUUCAAGCAUCGUUUUAUCAAGAAAUGGGUUUAUGGAGUAGUUAUAGCUUUAAUUUAUUUUUUAACAGUAUGCAAGGGUGCAAUAGAAGGAUUAACCAAUUGGCCUUUGAAUCAUAUCUGGGUUUAUUCCUUUUAUCCCAUUCUUAUCUUAGUUAUUUGCUUAUGUUAUAUCCUCAUUUUUAUCAAAGUGCAUUGUGAUGGUCGUCCUAAACAGCAUGGUGAGGCCAGUCGUAGAGAAAGAAAACUGACGAUAACUUUGUUUCUGGUUACCUGUGCAUCGGUUUUAACUUUUCUACCAAUUUCUAUUUACGAGGGUAUCACCUACCUUCAUAUCAUGGCCUUUCCAAAGUUUUCCUCCGAUUUUCAAAUUUCCUGCACUAUAUUAACAUUAUUCUUGGCCAACUCGCUAAUAAAUCCUUUACUUUAUGCAGUGCGGAUGCCAGAAUUUAGGGCAGGCAUAUCAAAAGCGGUGCUCUGCGAGCGCUUGAAAACUAUUUAAAUCCGAGCGAAUAUCCACCGCAUUCUUUAGUUCAGUUAUUAUUAAUAAGUAUUAUCUGAAAUUUUUAUAAAAGAUUGAAAAUGGCUAAGUGCUUGAAAGAUUCU